CUCUUUAUCGAGCAAAACAGAAAGGAAAAACACAGAUUUCUGUCAAGAACUUUGUUCUCAAAGCAAACUCUGCACUUUUGUGCUUCAAACAAUAAAAUCAGAGCACUUCAUGAGUGACGCGUUCACGUCAGCUGGCUGAGAGGCGCUUGAUUUUUUUCUCUCUCUCUCUUUUUUUCGUGAGCAUCUAUGGAGCGCUAAUGAUCAGCGAGCAUCUGACCGAUGCAUGAACAUGUGACCGUUGUGUGGACCCGCAGUCACCGCGACACCUGACAGGACUUCACACAGCGGAAGGUCUCUGCUCCUGCUCCUUCUUUUUGGAACCAGAUCACUGCCGAGUGAGGAAGAGGAGGAGGAUGGAUACCCCGGAACAGGGAGCUCAGGUAGAGCCACUGCUGCUUUCGGUUAACUCCUCAUUGGCUCCAUCAAUCAGGCGAAGAAGCUUGAGGAAUGACGAUGAGGCAGUGGUGGAUCGGGGAGGAACGCGGUCCCAGCAGAGGGCCAACUUUGAGCAGGAGGAUUUUGAAGGUCACAGGACUCUCUACAUUGGGGUCCAUGUCCCUUUAGGCAGUACCAGGAAUCGUAGCCAUCACAGGCAUCGUCACCACGGGAAAAAACAUUGGAGGAGGAGCAGAGAGCGAACCCUUCCCUUGGUGGAGGGAAGAGAGUCUCCAAAUUACGACACUCCCUCCCAGCGGGUUCAGUUCCUGCUGGGGGCAGAAGACGAUGAUGAGGAACACAUCCCCCAUGACCUCUUCACGGAGAUGGAUGAGAUCUGUCUGAGAGAUGGAGAGGACUCGGAGUGGAGGGAAAGUGCCAGGUGGCUGAAGUUUGAGGAGGAUGUAGAGGACGGGGGAGAGCGAUGGAGCAAACCCUACGUCGCCACGCUGUCUCUCCACAGUCUGUUUGAGCUGCGAAGCUGCAUCAUUAAUGGCACUGUUCUGCUUGACAUGAGGGCAAAUAGCAUUGAAGAGAUUGCAGAAAUGGUCUUGGAUCACCAAGAGUUAUACUCACCACUGGGAGAUGACCUCAGAAAGAAGGUGCGUGAAACUCUCUUGAAGCAACACCAUCACCAGAACCAGAAGAAGCUGGCUAACCGCCUGCCGAUUGUACGCUCCAUCGCCGACAUGGGCCGGCGGGCGUCAGAGCUCCAUCUGGACAAGAAUGGUCAGCUGACGGCAUCUCAGUCGCAAUUAGCGGGACCUGACGGCAAAGGGGACAUCAGCAGAGAGAACAGUGCUGUGGACUUUAGCAAGAUAGAUCUUCAUUUCAUGAAAAAGAUCCCGCCGGGGGCGGAGGCCUGUAAUGUGCUGGUGGGAGAGCUCGAGUUUCUGAACAAGCCAGUCGUGGCAUUUGUUCGCCUUUCCCCUGCAGUCCUGCUAAACGGGUUGGCUGAAGUCCCAAUUGCCACAAGGUUUCUAUUUAUUCUGCUGGGGCCUUUGGGUAGGGGAGCUCAGUAUCAUGAGAUUGGGAGGUCCAUAGCAACUCUUAUGACCGAUGAGGUUUUCCAUGAUGUUGCCUACAAAGCUAAAGACCGGAAUGACCUUAUUGCUGGGAUUGAUGAAUUCCUUGAUCAAGUGACUGUCCUGCCUCCAGGAGAAUGGGAUCCAUCAAUACGCAUAGAGCCACCAAAAAAUGUACCUUCUCAGGAAAAGAGAAAGAAAAGCAACCUUUUACCUAAUGGCUUAGUGGAGGGUGAGGAGGAGGAUGAAGACAGUGGCCAUGGUGGUCCAGAACUGCAGCGUACCGGAAGGUGGUUUGGUGGCCUUAUUCUGGACAUCAAGCGCAAGGCCCCCCACUACCUGUCAGAUUACUCUGAUGCUAUUAGCUUGCAGUGUGUUGCCUCUUUCUUGUUCCUUUACUGUGCCUGCAUGUCCCCUGUCAUCACCUUUGGAGGACUGCUGGGCGAGGCAACAGAGGGAAGAAUAAGUGCAAUUGAGUCACUGUUUGGCGCGUCACUCACAGGAAUAGCCUAUUCGCUGUGUGCUGGGCAGCCCCUCACCAUUUUGGGAAGCACGGGCCCUGUGCUGGUGUUUGAAAAGAUACUUUUUAAAUUCUGCAAGGACUACGGUUUGUCCUAUCUGUCUCUCAGAACCUGCAUUGGCCUGUGGACAGCUUUUCUCUGUAUUCUGCUGGUGGCCACAGAUGCCAGUUCCCUUGUUUGUUACAUCACCCGUUUCACAGAGGAAGCGUUUGCCUCGCUCAUCUGCAUCAUCUUUAUUUAUGAAGCCUUGGAGAAACUUUUGCACCUGGGGGAACUCUAUCCCUUUAACAAGAAUAACAACUUGGACAAACUCACCACAUAUUCAUGCGCUUGUGUUGAGCCUUCGGAUCCUACUAAUGGCACCGUAAAGUUCUGGGAAGUCAACAACAUAACUGCCUCUGAAAUUUACUGGGAAGCCCUGGAGGUGAAGGAUUGCAUUGAAAAGAGAGGGGAGUUUGUGGGGACCGCUUGUGGUCCUCAGGGACCCUAUGUUCCAGAUGUUCUCUUCUGGUGUGUCAUUCUCUUCUUUUCUACUGUUGUCAUGUCUGCCUUUCUCAAGGAGUUCAAGUUCAGCAAUUACUUCCCCACAAAGGUGCGGUCUAUUAUCAGUGAUUUUGCUGUGUUCAUCACUAUUCUCACCAUGGUCUUGGUUGAUUAUGCUCUAGGGAUCCCCUCCCCCAAACUGAAGGUGCCUAAUGUGUUCAAGCCAACCAGAGACGAUCGAGGUUGGCUCAUCAGCCCGUUGGGGCCCAACCCCUGGUGGACAGCAGUAAUAACUGUUAUACCAGCUCUACUCUGCACAAUCCUAAUCUUCAUGGACCAGCAGAUAACUGCUGUCAUCAUCAACAGGAAGGAAAACAAACUCAAGAAAGGUUGUGGAUACCAUCUAGACUUGCUGAUGGUCGGGAUAAUGCUGGGCGUGUGCUCCGUGAUGGGACUGCCGUGGUUUGUGGCAGCCACCGUCCUCUCCAUCACGCACGUUAACAGUCUGAAACUGGAGUCGGAGUGUUCAGCUCCAGGGGAGCAGCCGAAAUUCCUCGGCAUCCAGGAGCAACGCGUGACAGGCCUCAUGAUCUUCAUGCUCAUGGGCAGCUCUGUCUUUAUGACGUCAGUGCUGAAGUUUAUUCCUAUGCCGGUGUUGUAUGGAGUUUUUCUUUACAUGGGGGCAUCUUCUCUAAGAGGCAUUCAGUUCUUUGAUCGCCUCACGUUGUUUGGUAUGCCAGGCAAGCAUCAGCCAGACUUUGUCUACUUACGACAUGUUCCCCUGAGGAAGGUGCACCUCUUCACCAUAAUCCAACUCAGCUGUCUCAUUCUUCUGUGGGUUAUCAAGACCUCCAGGGCUGCCAUUGUCUUUCCUAUGAUGGUCUUGGCUCUGGUUUUCAUUAGGAAGUUGAUGGACUGUAUCUUCACCAAGCGAGAGCUGAGCUGGCUGGAUGAUCUCAUGCCAGAAAGCAAGAAGAAAAAGCUUGAGGAUGCUGAGGAGGAAGAAGAGCAGAGUAUUCUAGCAGAAGAUGAAGGUGUUGUGCAAGUGCCAUUGGGGGGAUAUAAAGGAAUACCCAUCAUCAACAUCACAGAUGAGAUGUCAAAAGGCUCGUUUGGAAAUACCUGGAAUGCCAACGACUGAAGAAAA